AUGGGAGACCACUUCGAUGAGCUCCGAAACCGGCUCGCUCCAUUGGAUUACCUCGAAAUAGAGUUCGAAGACUCGGAAGAACUGGAAGAUGACUGCUCCGUUCCACUGAAGAAAGAAAUCCGAGAUGCAAUAUGUCUGUGUCAAAGUUCGAUAUCUUGCGGGCUUGAUAGGAUUAGCGCAGAAAUUUUGAAACUCAACCAGGCGAAACCCCACUGA